GCAUUGUUGGCCGGGUUACUGAGCAGUAAACAAAUCAACAUGAAGGUUCAUGUUCGCUGGUGUCUCUAUAGAGAAUAAAUAUUUAUCUCAACUAUACAAAAGGAAAUAAUUAUCUAUUUCAAAUAAGUGAAUCAAAUCAGUAGAAAGGUAUUCAUUAUGGUAGAUGCUAUUUCAGGACUACUUUUAUUUUUUAUUAUCUUACUUUUGAUAAAUCCGCUCGUCAAAUUAUUACGUUGGAUAUGGGAACUGUCAGUUACACUUUGCAAGACAAAUCCUGUUGACUUGAAAGAAAAAUUCGGCGAAUGGGCAGUUGUAACAGGAUCAACUGAUGGCGUUGGAAAAGAAUACGCAAAGGAACUGGCAAAAAGAAACGUUAAUAUCGUUCUCAUAAGCAGAACGUUAGAAAAGCUAAAGAAAGUAAAAACUGAAAUAGAAAUACUCAAUCCCAACGUACAAGUAAAAAUAAUUCAAGCAGAUUUUAGUAUUGGUAAAGCGGAAAUUGACAAAAUUGAAGCUCAAUUGGCAGAUAUUCCGAUAGGAAUAUUAGUUAAUAACGUGGGGAAGAUAACUGAAUAUCCCAUGUACUUUGGAGAAAUUUCCAAAAAUGAACUCUGGGAAACGAUCAAUAUAAAUAUUACAGCUGCAACUCUAAUGACUCGAUUAGUUAUCGAUCAAAUGAAGAGAAAUGGGAAAGGUGCAAUUGUUAAUGUUUCCUCAGCAACAGAUCUUGUUCCUUCACCUUUAUUGUCAGUGUAUUCGGCGUCUAAAAUUUACAUUCGCUACCUUUCCGAAGCAGUUCGCGCCGAAUAUUCCAAGUAUGGAAUAACAGUACAAUGCCUUUCUCCCUUUUAUAUCAAUACUAAAAUGGUUGGCUACAGCGAGAGAAUACAGAAUCACGAGUUAUUAUGUCCUGAUGCGACAUUAUACGCCAAAAAUGCCAUCGAGACUUUAGGCAAGUUAGACUCGACGACUGGCUAUUGGCCGCAUGAGAUAGAACAUUAUUUAAUGACAUUAUGUCCAGUAUGGUUAAGAAUAAAGAUCGUCUUCUUGAUAAAUCGUCUCGGGCGAAGAGACUAUUUGGCAUUACAAAAAAAGAAAACCGAUGAAUGAACAUUUACUAUUAUUUACAAUUGUGGUAGUUAUAUUUUUACACCAUUUUUCUAAAUUAACUAUUAAUGACGUAACAAUAAAUCAUUGUACUUUAUUUAUACAGUCGUGUUUAAUGACAAAUAUUUCAAGUCAUUGAUUAACCACUGGCAUAUAUAGCUAAAACGAAAAUACUUGCAACGAGCUCAAAUACUUAAUUUCUUAUUAUUUUCCAUUCUACUACGUCAUUAUUUAUUACUUAAAAUAAUUUAAACUCACGAAUAGUUUUAAUGCCGCUUAACAAACAUGAACUGAACUUAAAAAUUGAAUUCGCAUGAAAUAAAAAAUAAUGUUUUCAUUUUAAAGUCAGAUAUUUUUACGCAAUCGACAUAUUGAAUGAUACUUAGUUUUUAUAAAAUCAAAUUUUAUAGAUUCAUGGCAGUUUUAAAAAUAAUGUUAUGGCUGUUAUUAGAAUGAUUACCUGACACAAAUGUUAUAAUUGCUUUGAUAUUGGAAAAAUGUUUGUGUAAUUUAAAAUGAACAAAAGUUUCAACAAAAUCAUGUACUAUUUAUGUAAAUAGACUUUUUCAACGUGUUAAUACAGAGAAAGUAAACAUUUAAUAAAUUUGUAUCGAAAAAUAAUUCUAAUUCAUUUACUACUAUUGCCAAGAUUUUAACUGUUGAUCAUAGUUUCAGUUCAAAAAGUAAUUGUGAUUUAAUCAUAAAAAUAGUCUAUUAAAUGUAUAAACAAUUUGUAAGACCGAGCAAGUAAAUAUUUUGACAAAAUAGAUAUUU